CCUUGCUCUCGUACAGAGUAAGGCGGGCCAACAUCGACACCGACAUCAAUACCGAAGUCCUAGAUCCUGGGUAUUUAUCUACAAAUUAAUGUCUCUGGAAGGCAUCUCCUAACUUAAUACCUACCUAGCCUACCUAGGUAGCCAUCAAGAUUCUGCAAUUGUAGCAAGAUGCAGUCCGGAAUAUCUGCAUCUCAGGAGCUCAUCUCCGCAUUCAACACUCUUCUCUCCGACACCUCACAAUUCGGACUUCUCGUAACCAUCACAGGAGAAUCCCUAACACCUAAAGAAACACUUACCGGCGCUUCAAGCAACUUUUCCUCCAACCUCUCCAAGCUAACCCCUCACCUAAAACCCGACGAGGCGCUCUACAUCCUCUUACGACGACAUGACACCGCUCCAUACCUGAUAGCCGUAACGUACGUGCCGGACUCGGCCAAGGUCCGGCAGAAGAUGUUAUUCGCAUCCACGAGAUUAACCCUCGUGCGCGAGCUAGGCUCCGAACACUUCCGCGAGACCAUAUUCGCGACCAUGGCCGAAGAGCUGAGUGUUGCCGGUUUCGAGAAACAUGAUCGGCACAGUGAGCUUGAAGCUCCCCUUACCGAAGAAGAAAGAACGCUCGGCGAAGUCAAGAGAGCUGAAGCCGAGGCCGGCGCCGGCACGGGUAGUCGCGAGAUCCACCUUAGCUCACACAUGAAAAUGCCAGUCGCUACCGAUGCAUUAGUUGCCUUAAGUGCGCUAGGUCGUGAGGAAGGCAGCGGUUUGGUGAUGCUGAAAAUCAACCCCGAGACCGAAGUUGUAGAGCUAUUUCCCGAUUCCUCGACACCAAAGACCAUUACCGAGCUCGUUAACACUAUUUCUUCAACCGAGCCACGUUUCACCUUCUUCCGAUACAAAGCCUCCCCACCGCGCGGAGGAGAGGAGAAGAACGUUAUACUCUUCUUCUACACAUGCCCCUCCACGCCGGGUACUAAGGCCAUCAAAUUCCGUAUGGUCUACCCUCUUAUGAAGCGAGCGGUACUCACGGUAGCCACGACCGAGGCAGGGCUGCAGAUCGAGAAGAAGUUCGAGGUCGAGGAGCCGAGCGAGAUCACGGAAGAGAUCGUAACGUCGGAGUUGUUCCCCGAGACGGAGACUAAAGCGGGUUUCAGAAGACCCAAGAGGCCCGGGAGGUGACCGUGAUCAUGAGCCGUUAUGAUUAAAACGAGAGUAUAGCUAGCGAAUCCUCAUGAUAGAUGACGAAUCAAGACGAUUGUAU